AUAUUCCAAAUCUCACAUCAACAUGUGGGAUUUAUAAGUCCGUGGGGUCCACGGAUUUGGACCCUUAAAAUCCGUGGGCCCCACGAAUUUGGUAUCCAAAAAAGAUGCAAGCAAUGAACAGAUUGUACCUAAAUCUUUGAUAAUUGAUUUUUUGGUACCAAAUCCAUGUACCAAAUCCUUGAAGCAAACGACCCCUAAUUUUACCUACCUGCAUACCUGUAGUUUGACAAAUCACAAUUGACAACCAUGGUGAUCGGCGAUCGCAUUAUCUUUUAUAACUGUGCCUCGCACAAAACGCCGAUUUUUUUAAACAAGCCAAAAAAGAAAAAGAAAAAAAAAAAAGAGCGCGGCUCUCCCUUUUCCUCUCCUCCUCAAAGCUUCCUCCAUCGCUCUACUAUGGCGGACUAGUUACUCCUUGCUUCCUGUUUAUCUACGGCGGACCAUCCAUCGCCAUCAUCCUCCUGUCGAUUUGCACCAGCUCCUGUGCUUUUCGCGUUUCCAAGCUCUCAAUUCCACCCCCUAUCUUUUUUCAAAUUCAAGUUAACAUAGAAUUAUUCAACUAGAAACUUCGCGUCUAACUGUGCUUUCACGGUCGAAGUUCUAGGGGAAGGAAGUAACGGUUGAGGUUGCUGGUUCGGCUUUGGUCAAAACUGUUUGCUUUCUCCUUUGCUCGGUUAUUGAGUAGUGCGUCUCUGCUGCUAUUGUGAGAACUGAGUAGCACUACGCCGGUAAGCUAACGGUGAGGCUGAGGAGUAGGAACGAUCGUUGGGGGUAAAAAUAACUGUAAGUUUGUGUUGAGGUGGAGAAGGUUUUGGAGUUUGUAAGCUACUGGAAUUUACUGAGAACGAUUUCUUCAGGGAGUGAAGAAUUAGGGUUUCGGGAGGUUUGCUAGUUUAUCAUUUUGAGGCUGUAUUGGUUAAUUAUGGAUAUUGAUACAGUAGGAGGAAAUGAUGUUGUUAGCUAUUUGGACCCUGAACUUUUGCAUCUUCCCGAGGUUUCUUCAUUUGAGCUCAAGCCGACUACUCAAAUCGCUGAAGAAUUGUUCUCUCAAUGGCUCUCUCAACCUGACACUAGCCGAUUGGUAAAAUCGUUGAUUAGGGAUGCAAAGGCUGGUCUUCCAAUCAAUGCUCAUGGGAUCUCUUCUAGUGCUGGUGCUGGAGGAGGUAGCAGUUCGCUGACUAAUGUCAGUCCUCCUCCACUUUCGCCCAGGAGUUCGUGUGUUUCUCCACGCACUUCAAAGCAGAAAAUAAGCCCUUUCUCUCUUGGGUCUACUCGGAAGUUGGCUACUGAACCGGCCCAAGAAGCUAUACCUCAGUUUUAUUUCCAACAUGGUCGUCCACCAGCAAAUGAACUCAAGGAACAGUGUCUUUCUAGAAUCAAUCUACUUUUCAACAAUAAUCUCGAUGGGCUGCACAUAGAUGAAUUCAAACUUGUUACAAGGGAAGUUUGCAAGCUUCCAUCCUUCUUUUCAUCUGCACUUUUCAGGAGGAUAGAUGUUGAAUGCUAUGGGAUAGUCACAAGGGAUGCAUUUCUAAAAUAUUGGGCGGAGAGCAGUAUGUUGACAAUGGAUAUGGCUACACAAGUCUUUGAGAUUUUAAAGCAGCCUAACCGACGCUACCUAACUAAGGCUGACUUCAAACCUGUUCUUGAAGAAUUGCUAGCAACCCACCCAGGGUUGGAGUUCUUACAAGGGACGCCUGAGUUUCAAGAGAAAUAUGCUGAAACUGUCAUAUACAGAAUAUUUUACUACAUCAAUAGAUCAGGAAAUGGCCGCCUAACCCUAAGGGAGUUGAAACGUAGCAAUCUCAUCUUUGUCAUGCAACAAGUGGAUGAAGAAGAAGAAAUUAACAAAAUUUUAAGGUACUUCUCUUAUGAGCAUUUCUACGUCAUAUAUUGCAAAUUUUGGGAGCUGGAUACAGACCAUGAUUACUUGCUGGACCGAGAGAAUCUUAUCAGAUAUGGUAAUCAUUGUCUUACGUACAGGAUUGUUGAUAGAAUAUUUUCACAGGUACCAAAGAAGUUUUCAAGCAAUGUGGAAGGAAAGAUGAGCUAUGAAGAUUUUGUUUAUUUCAUACUGGCAGAGGAGGAUAAAUCAUCUGAACCUAGUCUUGAAUAUUGGUUCAAAUGCAUUGAUUUGGAUGGGAAUGGAGUCCUGACUUCCAGUGAGUUGCAAUACUUCUAUGAGGAGCAGCUGCAUCGAAUGAGUUGCAUGUCCCAGGAACCUGUGCUUUUUGAGGAUAUAUUGUGUCAAAUAGUUGACAUGAUUUCACCUGAGAGGGAAGGUUAUAUCACGCUGCACGACUUGAAAAGAAGCAAACUGUCGGGAAAUAUCUUCAACAUUCUUUUCAAUCUAAACAAAUUCAUGGCCUUUGAAAGCCGUGACCCAUUUCUCAUUCACCAGGAACGCGAGGAUCCAACUUUAACAGAAUGGGAUCGGUUUGCACAUAGAGAAUAUGUCAGACUUUCAAUGGAGGAGGAUUCGGAGGCUGCCUCAAACGGAAAUGUAGAGUCCUGGGAAGAAUCUCUCGAGGCUCCGUUCUAACACCUGAGCCCAGUUCGGUUUCUCAGAUGUAAUUCUCCAGCACAAAGAAAUGAAAGGCAAGCGCUACACCAUCACCUGUGGCUUUCCCAGUUCCAACCUUGAAUGUGCAAGUUACUUUAGUACGUGCAUACCGUGGUGAGCGAGUAGGAAGAGGUCAGGUGGUAUCUUUGGGGGAGCCGUGGUGCUUAAUCAAUAGUUCAAUACAAAACUCCAGGCCUCUGAUAUACAUAGAGUCGAACUUGGUUUGCGCCUUUGAAGUGAGAACUCCUGCCAUUUCCAGUCAACUACUUUACCUCAUUCAGGUGCCACAUUUUUGUUUCCAACCCCUUGGUUUCCCCCCUUUUCCCAUUCUUAUUAUGGUUAGGUGACUGUUUAUUCUCUUAUUCCUGAAGUUCUGGAGACUUAUUACAAUAAUUAUGACCUAUGGUC